CCGCACUGACCGCGGUGGUGUCAUGGGUAGGACACCGGUGUCCCCACGGGGCAUCAUGCCGCUGGGGCAGGACCGAUCCAGCUGGAAGAAGAGGACGGAGGAUAUUCGUCGGAUCUAUGAGUUCCGGGAGGUCCUGGGCACCGGGGCCUUCUCCGAGGUGGUCCUGGCGGAGGAGAAGGCGACGCGGAAGCUCGUGGCCAUCAAGUGCAUCGCCAAGAAGGCGCUGGAGGGGAAGGAGACCAGCAUCGAGAACGAGAUCGCCGUCCUGCACAAGAUCAAGCACCCCAACAUCGUGGCCUUGGAUGACAUCUAUGAGAGCAGCACCCACCUCUACCUCAUCAUGCAGCUGGUCUCGGGGGGGGAGCUCUUUGACCGCAUCGUGGAGAAGGGUUUCUACACAGAACGGGACGCCAGCGCCCUGAUCCGGCAGAUCCUCGACGCCGUCAAGUACCUGCACGACAUGGGCAUCGUGCACCGCGACCUGAAGCCCGAGAACCUGCUCUAUUACAGCAUGGACGAGGACUCCAAGAUCAUGAUCAGUGAUUUUGGGCUGUCCAAGAUCGAGGGCUGCGGCAGCGUCAUGUCCACGGCCUGCGGCACCCCUGGCUAUGUGGCCCCCGAGGUGCUGGCGCAGAAGCCCUACAGCAAGGCAGUGGAUUGCUGGUCCAUCGGGGUCAUCGCCUACAUCCUGCUCUGCGGUUACCCCCCGUUCUAUGAUGAGAACGAUGCCAAACUCUUCGAGCAGAUUCUGCGGGCCGAGUAUGAGUUCGAUUCGCCCUACUGGGAUGACAUCUCGGAUUCGGCCAAAGACUUCAUCCAGCACCUGAUGGAGAAGGACCCCUGCAAGCGCUUCACCUGCGAGCAAGCCCUGCAGCAUCCCUGGAUCGCUGGGGACACGGCGCUCGAUAAGAACAUCCACCAGUCAGUGAGCGAGCAGAUCAAGAAGAACUUCGCAAAGAGCAAGUGGAAGCAAGCUUUCAACGCCACGGCCGUGGUGAGGCACAUGAGGAAGCUGCAGCUGGGAACCAGCCAGGAGGGCCCUGCACACACAGCACCAACCAGCCCCGGAGAGCGGCUGGAGGGGGGCACCAGCAACGGGUCGCACCAUGGGCGCCUGCCCCCCAGCAGAGCCCAGCGUCUGCCCCCGCACUGAGCACAGCCCCACACGGACACGUCCUGGGGGGCUAUGGGGGGGGCCCGGCCCUCCCAUGGGCACCGUGUGGGGUGGGGA